CUUUGCCAGCGAUACACAUGUUCCCCUGUUGUUCCAGUAACCGACAUGCAUCCAUUGUGCAUAUUUGGAGAAUUGUUUCAUUUUAUUGCAUAAGAAAGUUACUGUGCUAACAAGGUCCUCUAGGCAUUAUGAAUGUCGCCGUGAGGGAUGGAGGAAGGCCGAGACAGAGCGAGUCACAGACAUCGAACCUGCGUUCAUGCCGUCAGUCUUGCAGACUCUGAGAUGGACGUGAGAUUUUACCCUGCACCUCCUUCAAGCGUGGGUUCAUGUUCUUUACCAACUGAUCCAAGUUGCCUGAGCCCGUUGGACUAUUACCACUGCAACAAGACCAGAUACAGCGCAGGCACGCAGGGUUUUAGGCUUCUACACAGCGCCCUACCAAUGGGCCCCAACCCCAACAGGAAAAGACUGCCCUCUGCAGGGUUUGAUGGUGACAACAUGUACAUGAAUGAAAAUAACCAGGAGUUUCUUUCUCCAAAUCAGAACUUCUCCGGUCAGGGUGGAGGCAGCGGAAGCGGCGGGGGCGACGAAGACUACGAGAUCCCCCCCAUCACACCUCCCAAUCACCCCGACCCGUCUCUGCUCCACCUAAUGGACCCCGAGUCCAGUUAUCUGUGCCACUCCUUGCCUCCUAAUGGCCUGAUCAAUCCAUACACCUACCCAGAGCUGCCCGCCAUCAUGAUGUCCAACAUGCUGGGACAAGACGGACAUCUGCUUUCCAGCCAGAUGCACUCUGAGAUGACUCGCCCAGAUGGCUCUCAUUAUGACGCCGCCCAUCAGACCCCACUGAUAAACAGGCCUAGGAUACUGUCCCAUCAUAUGGGUGCUCUGUCCCAGCUGAACUCUCAGGUUGGCCUGCGAAGUGCCCUUACCCAUGGUUCCCCCUCACCUCCCGGGAGUAAAUCAGCCACGCCCUCCCCCUCAAGCUCCGCCCAGGAAGAGGAAGCUGAUUCCCAUUCCAAGAUCACCGGUGAGAAGCGGCCCUCGUCGGAGGCGAUGAAGAAGCCCAAGCCGCAGAAGAAGAAGAAGAAGAAGGACCCAAAUGAGCCUCAGAAGCCCGUCUCGGCCUACGCACUCUUCUUCAGGGACACGCAGGCUGCCAUUAAGGGCCAAAAUCCCAACGCCACCUUCGGAGAUGUCUCGAAGAUCGUGGCGUCCAUGUGGGACGGCCUGGCGGAGGAGCAGAAGCAGGUGAGCCUCAUAAAAACAAUUGCCUCUGGGAAAGAAUAUUAAAAGGCACUUUCGGCAUGGCCAUUGAUCCUUUGCUGCGUUUUUUUGCAGAACUACAGUGAUCCAGUGGAAACUAAAAGUGCCCAGACAAGCCAACCGUCCCACAUGAUGGUGCCGAAGCAGCCUCUGUACAGCGUUCCGGCCCAGACCUCGUCUCCCUACCUGGGCCCCGGCUCGUUCCCCCUGUCCGACCUGCAGAGCUAUGCCGGGCCCCCGCGCCACAGCCUCUCCCGGACCCUCAGCCAGUCACAGAUGUUGCCCAGCAUGAGUGCCUCUCCUCCAUCCUCCUUUCAGAUCAGCCCGCCUCUGCACCAGCAGCUCUCGCUGCACCAGAGCUCCAUUCUCAACCAGCCAAUCCGCAUGCAGCAGGUCCAGUCGCAGCCAAUCAUCCCGCACCAGAUGGGGCUUCAGCCGCCGCUCCACUCUCCUCCGGGUCAGCAGGGCUUCUCACAUAUCCAGUCAGAGUAUCCGAGCAGCGUUGGCUCUCAGUCUCCGGGGGCACCCAACCCCGUGGGGGGGCAAAAUCCUGAGUGGGACAACGAGUACUGCAAUCGGGAUUGCGGAGGAAGCCACUGCAGCAGUAGCAUGAUAGCGAGGGACAAGCCUCUCUACCUCACUUGAAGCUGGAGGAAAGACACCGGGAAGCCCAACCGCCGCCGAUUUCACUUCUAUUUUUGUUGAUUUUUUUUUUUUCUUUUUCUAUUUACAUUCAAGGAUUUUGUGCAAGUCCUGAAGACUCCGAGAGAACCUCUUUUUUUUGCCAAGCACUUAGAAUGCGCAGACCUAAGCCAGGUCCAACACAGCACUCUUGGUAUCUUUAAGUAAAACUUAAUAUGAAAUAAAAAAUAAAAAAAACAUGGGCAGAUUUUUUCAGGGGUAAUUCAGCUUUAAUAUAUGAAGAAAGAGUCUUCUUGAUUGCUUUUAAUUUUUUUUUAGGAUUUCUUGUUUUAUCUGUGUCUUGCUUGCUUGCCACAAGCUAACCCAUGGACAAUACCUGUAGGGAGCAAAUCUGAGGGUCGAUUCGUCGCCAACCUUACAGUGAGGAUGAGAAAACAGAAAUGCGGGUUUUUCCUCUUGUAUGACAAGACAUCUGGUAAGGUUAAACCAGCCAAUCUCGCACGGUGUGAUUGUAAAUAUCACUUUCGCAGGAUGGAAUUGAGAAUCUCGGGUCCAUCUCUGUACUUUUAGCACCAGCUGCGAUUCCUCAGCUCAUAUUUAAAAAUGAUGUUUUGUGAAUUUGAACUUGUGCAGGUGGACUCGAUGAAGGAUUUCACACACUAAAUCUUGAAUUAAAACUGUGCUCUCUGGGUGUGUCUCUCCAGUAAAACGGAUAUAAGGACUAAGAUUUAGUGUCCCGCCAGACGUGAAAGGAUCUGGGGAAGAGACCGGCCUUUUUUUUCUUAGACCACAUGACUCGGCAGGUCUGUGGAGAGUGGAGGCUCUGUACCAAGUUAAUUUUUAUUUCUCUUAACUUUCUUUAUCAUCUCCCCAUCCCCGACAUAACUUGUACAGGUGAAUAGGAAAAAAAUAAAAGCUAGAUGUGAAAUGUUAUUAAAGAUAAACAUGACAGUGCGUUUAUAGUUUUACAGUAGUUUUACUAGGUGUUUUAGAAUUGUGUUGAACUCAUCUUUAUAAUUUUUUGUGGGAAAAAAAAAUGUAUUUAGUUUUUAUGCCGUACAUUUGAUUAUACACUGUAGCAAACAUUUAAGUUCAAAAUAAUGGACACGGGGGGAAGGCAUCUCACACGUGUACAAACCUGCCAAAUCAAAAUGUCUCUUUGUAAAGCCAGUGAUGAGAAGCGGAUUUAUCUAUUAACUGUCGCAUUACAGUUGCUUUUCCGCAAUAUUCCCUCUUCUUAUUUAAUUUUAUUGACUGGUUUCCUAUCUAUUUAUGAACGAUAUAAAGUAACUUUGGCUUGUUUUAUCAAGGUGCAUCAUUAUGUUUUUUUUAUUAUUUGUUUUAUUGUCAUUAUAAUUAAUGAUUAUUUUUACAUCUUUUCAUGCUGGUUUGUUCCUUUUGUGCCGGCAAAUUCAUUUUGUGUCACAAUGCUUCUUUUUUUCAUUUGUCUGUAAUAAAAUGUUUAAAGUG